CAAGUGUCACGCGAAUUUCCAAGAAUCGUCUGAUAAACAACAUUGUUCAGCCAACUCCCUCAAAUCUCGCCAACAUGGAAUCGUUCGUGGACGAUCUUAAGAAGGAAGUCCAAUGUUCUUUGUGUAAUGAUACACUCAUAGAACCGAAGAUCUUACCAUGUUUUGACACAUUUUGUAAACCCUGCCUCAAAAGACACGCAGAGCUGAUCGACGAAGUCAACGUCUUCAAGUGUCCUCUAUGCAAAUCACAAACUUCUCUACCAGAACCAAGCAGCGUGGAAGAUCUACAGCCAAGCUUACACCUAUCAAGAAUCUUGAAGGGUCUGGCGUUAGCAGAAGGAAAAAAGGUUUGUUCUGUUUCGGAGAGUCAUUCGACAGCAUCUUGGUAUUGUUUUGAUUGUGAUCGCUCAAUGUGUGAGGAAUGCAAGAAAUAUCAUUCAGAGUUUACCGAAGAUCACAAGGUCGUUCGUCUGGCUUAUUUGAAGAAAGAAGAUAUUGAGUUCAUAAUAACAAGAGAAAAUCCUUGUCAAAGCCACCCUCAUCACAGGCUAGAGUUGUUCUGCGAAGACUGUGAUGACAUGAUUUGCUUGACAUGCUGGAAACACGAUCACAAGGAUCACAAAACAUUGUCAUUAGAUAAGUUUGCUUCGAUCAAGAAAGCUGUAUUAUCAAAGCAGCUGCAGGUAUUAGAGCAGUUGAGAUUAGAUGACAAGGAAAAGCAGCAACAAGAAAAGAUUGCUAACACAAUCAAACAACAAGGAGAAAAGGCCAAAAAAGAAAUCAAAGACAAAACCAAGAAGAUCAUAGAAAAGCUACAAGAAAGCGAAAGAGAAUUGCUGAGACAAAUCGACGAGAAGCUGGAUACAGCCACAACAAACUUGAAUACAAUUCAUCAUAUUCCAGCCGUCACGGAAUACAUCAGGAAGGUGAUGGAAAGAGGACUGGCAAGUGAAAUGUUGAACAUUCAAGAGACACAAUGCUCUCAGAAAUUCAUCUUCAACUAUCUUCCACUGUCAGCUAAGAUUAAGUUUAUUCCUAACCAACAGCUGGUUCAAGAAGUGAAUUCAGGGCUGGGAGAAAUACGAACCCGUUACAAAACGGAUCAUAAGAUGAGCACUAUUGAGGUGGAAACUGAGACUGCGAUAGCUUCAACGAAAAAGAAUCUGGUAGUGAAAACUAGAACGUCUAAAGGAAAACUCAAUCAUGAUCCAAGGGAUGUUAUAGACGUUCAAAUCAAGCCUAAAGAAAAUGUGAAAAUAGAAAAGAAAUAUGUGAGAACUGAUGGUAAAGUAGAAGUUGAGUUCACGGCUAAGAUAGCUGGUCAGUUGAUAGCAGAGGUUCAAGUGAAUGGGGAUCCUGUAUCUAACAGUCCUCUAGUGAUGUAUGUCAUGUCACAAGGGAUGAGAACAAUAGGACAGUUUAAGACGAAAGGUGUAGAUAUAGGAUCUAGUGGGUUGACAGGUAUAGCAGUAAACAAAGACAACAGCAGGAUCGCUGUUGCCAAUUAUUAUUCUCAUUGUGUCCAUGUAUUCACCACUGAUGGAGAUCUCUUACUGACGUAUGCUAGUCCACAGGUACAGUUGUCUAAUCCUAUGGGUUUAUCAUUUCUGAAUGAUACAGAUUUAGUCAUAGCAGACAGGGAUAAUCAUAGAAUAUGUAUAGUGAACACUACAACAGGGACAUUGGUAAAAACCUUUGGUAACCAAGGUGACGGGGAUGGACAGUUUUAUCGUCCAUUGGGAGUACACGUCGAUGACGAUGGUAACAUCAUUGUGUGUGAUACUAAAAAUCAUCGUGUUCAAGUCUUCACAAGAGACGGUGACUAUCAAUAUCAGUUUGGUUUCACAACACAGGACAAGUUCGCUCCAUAUGAUGUGAUAACACAUGAUGGACUAUUUUACGUCAGUGAUGGUAAACAUCACGUUAUUCAGGUAUUUGAGAAGAAAGGUAACGUACCGACUAGAAUAUCGACGAUUGGUGGUCAAGGCAGAGCUGAUGGUCAGCUGAAUGGACCACUGGGCCUGGCUAUUGAUAAUGACCAUUAUCUACUGGUGUGUGAUAAACAUAAUAAACGCGUACAAAAAUUUACAUUGGAUGGUCGUUUUGUAGGAAGGAUUUCAACUGCAGGUUAUAAUUCAAGGUGCGACGAGGAACCUGCAUAUAUAACUGUUUUAAAGGAUGGUCAGUUAUUAGUUAGUACGAAUAAUUCUGGUGUCUUUCGUUUAAAGUAGAAUUGUAUAUUAUUAAUGUCUAUAUAUAACCAUCAUUAUACUCGUAACACUAUUGAUCAAUAAGUUGUUUCUAAUUGUCUAUUAUUAAUGUCUAUAUAUAACCAUUAUUAUACUCAUAACACUAUUGAUCAAUAAGUUGUAUCUAAUUGUAUAUUAUUAAUGUCUAUAUAUAACCAUCAUUAUACUCAUAACACUAUUGAUCAAUAAGUUGUAUCUUAUGGUGUUAUCUUAUUUCCCUUGGCUGUUGUGCCACAACAUCAGACAAUCAAAUAUCACAACUACGUAUACUAAUCAACAGAGAGUUUUCACUCACGUGACAAGUGGAUAUGAAUGUAACAAACAAUUGAAACUUUCUGCACAGUUUUUGCAUAAAAAUAGAGUUCAAUUCCCCUAUAGGAUAGAAAAUGUAUUGUUUUGGUACACCAGCAUGGCCGCUGUGACGUCACGUGAAAACGCUCUAUUAACUUUCGAAGUUUGUCCUUCUUUCGUCAAAGACUGAGGCGGUAAGCCGUGUGGGAUGGGCUUGGAAAUUUACCUAUAACAAGGCUCGUAAUUUACCUAUUACGCAGAUCUUUUUUUGUCAGGUUAAGGUCAUGAUAUGAUUACUACCUUAUUUUAUUUACACCGAUAAACCUGUAAUACCCAUAAUGCAGUGGUCUUGGUACAUAGGCCAUGUGUUUGGUUGCCAUGACAACCCGUUGUAUUAAUGCAUGCUGAAUUCAAUAUACUAUACAGAAGACUGAUAGAACUAGAUGAUUUGUAAAUUUGCGUUGAAAUUUCAAUAAUAAAGUUUGACUUAUAUUCAUAGAA